GACAGGCAAAUUUCUCCAUCACGCUAAUCUCACUGAGCUACGAGACCCAAUCGCGUAUUCAAACUCUUCUCUGACCCUUCACCCCAUUUCAUAGCUCGAGCAUCCAGUCGGUGCAUGUUCGCAUACUGGCAACUAGGGAGCGAGGCAUGCUCCAGCACCCGUGGGAUACCCCGCUGGAAGGGAUAACGAUAAGCUCGCCGUUAACAUCAUCGAAAACCAGAAGAAUUGGUAACUACGCCCAUCAUCCGGUCCAGUGUCGACACAAAUGCUUUGUCCAAGGUCUUGCCAGUACCCCGAGCUGGAGUCGUACCAGCUGCAACCGAGAUAUACGAUGCCCUGAUACCAUGGAGGUAUUUCACCCUGAUGCGCUGCCUGCUGAACACCGGAGACCGCCUUUAUUAUCAACAUCCUCAGCUCAUCGCGGACUGUAUAGUGGUUUGCUCCCAAGUGGUGCUCAUUUGGUCGCGAAUCUUCUGCUGCACGAUGGUCGUGCACAACAAAUUAUUUCCUGAUCAUCGUCAUGAAAGAUGGUUCGGAAACCUCUGUACGCAGCAUCACGAUUCGAGGUACCACACGCUAUCGAUAUCGAUAUCUUACAGAGCUAAACAUAACCGAAUGCAGCCGCAGAACUUUGCCAAUUGAGCGGCUGGAAAGUGGUGAGUUUCCUCCACGUUGUGGACAGAUGACACCUUCUUUCUUUCAGGUCGCCUGCCGCCUGUCAGUCGGACGCCCACGGACUGCAAGUUCGGCAUCACACAAACCGCCGACCAUAAACACCACUUUCGUCAUAUUCUACAAAUGGUGCUCGGUCUAUUGAUCUCUCUUAGCGACAAGACACUUUCUUCACGCAACUGGCUAGCAUUGGGCGAGGUGAUUCGCUGUUAUCGGAGUCGUCACGAGCGCUUUGGAACCGACCGACGCAAGGAUGA